AUGUGGUUUCGUUUUGCCACCGCGCCAGGCAAUUUCGCCCGACUUGCACAGAUUUGGGCGAGACACAUUGAUUUGGGCGCCUCGGUGGGGCGUGGUUCUCCUGGGUCCUCGGGCUUGAUUUUUUGCAUCCCCCAAGUGGCCCAGUGUGCCGCUUUAGACCGAAGCUGCGACCGUCUCCGCCGCGGAGCGAUGCCAGGCCUCGCCCUGAAGGGUGGACGGAGCGAUGCCAGCGAAGAAGGCGAUCGCUUCUCCCGCGCCUCGCGGGGCUCGACGGCCACCGCGGCGGUCACGAUGAAGAGCACCUUCGAAGAUGAAGGCUUCAGCCCCGACGCGAAGGAAGUUGCUCCUUUGGAGGCCGCCCAUUUCGAGGAGCUCCUGCAAUUCCUGGAGAAACGACUCGAGGGGCGCAGCGUGCAGUGCUGCGAUGCCGAGCUGGGACCGGCGGAGGCGCCAGCACUGGCUGAAGCGUUACAGAGCGCUUCCUUGGAGGCGUUGAUCUUGGCCUCCAACGAGCUGGGCCCUGAAGGCAUGGAUGCACUGGCUCCGGCCCUCGCAAGCUGCCAUCACCUCAGGCAUUUGGACCUGAGCUGGAACCAGAUCGGUCCAUCGGGCGCCUUCAGUUUAGCUGCGCAGCUGCCGAAGAUGCACCUGACUCAACUGGAGCUCUCCUCGAACCAACUCGAGGCGUCUGGCGCCAAAGCAUUCGCCGUGGCCCUGGCGGAGGACCCUCAUUUGUUGACCCUGGAUCUCAGUUGGAACUCCAUGGGCGAUGAGGGUGGGCUUGCCAUGGCCGAGAUGUUGAGCACCAACAGGACCCUGCGGCACCUGAACUUGGCCAUCAACGACCUCCGUUGGCCCUCGGCCGCAGCACUGCGCCAGGCGGUGCAAGGACACCCUUCCUUGCAGGAGUUGGACCUAGCUGGCAACGACAUUCCUGAGGACCAGCUGCCACGGCCCGUGUGAGAGGACAAGAAAGGCCC